CCGUGCCCCUCGCCGUGCCCCUCGCCGUGCCCCUCGCCGUGCCCCUCGCCGUGCUCGCGGUGCCGGCAGGGCUCGCUGCGGCACGCUCCGAAGAUGAAGGGGUUAAAGCGCCCGGGGCUGGCGCCUCUCCUCCCCUCUUCCCAUCUGGAUUCAAUAAGGCUGCGAGAGGCCGGAGCAUUCCUGAGCGCUGAGACGAGCCGAGCGCUGCGCCCGGCCGGCUCCCUCCCGACGGCCAUGGGGCCCUGGCGCUGCCUGCUGCUCCUGGCGCUCCUGCCCGCGGCCCUCCGCGCCCAGCAGCAGCAGUUCAUGGAGUACAUGGAGCGGCGCCUCGCGCUCCUGGAGGAGCGGAUCUCGCAGUGGCACGACCAGAGCAGCCGCUACUCCACGGAGCUGCGGGAUUUCAAGAACCAGGUGCUGGGGAUGCUGGAGACGGCGGAGAAGGAGCGGGAGGCACUGCGGGCGGAGGUGGAGAGCGCAGCGGUGCGCGUGGACCGCCUGGAGCGUGAGGUGGACUACCUGGAGACGCAGAACCCCGCGCCGCCCUGCGUGGAGGUGGACGAGACCCUGAUGGAGAAGCAGGUGGCCAUGGCCAAGCAGCGGAAGAACGAGAAGUACACCAAGCUGACAGACUGCAGUGACACCAUCGCCAGCGUCCGGGCCAUGAAGAUCCUGAAGCGCUUCGGCAGCACCUCGGGGCUCUGGAGCAAGGACGCUGCGGGGAGCUCGGAGAAGAUCUACGUCUUCGACGGCACUGCCAAUGACACCGUGUACAUCUUCCCCCGCAUGCGGGAGUUCACCCUCUUCUCAGCCACCCGCAAGGCCGCCCGCAUCAAGCUGCCCUACCCCUGGGUGGGCACUGGGCACCUGGUCUAUGAUGGGCACCUCUACUACAUCCGCCAGCAGGGCCCCUUCCAGGUGAUCAAGUUCAACCUGGCCAACAAGACGGUGGUGGACAGCUCAGUGUUCCCGGCUGAGGAGCAGAUCCCCGUCUUCGGACUCUCCUCUUUCACCUACAUCGAGGUGGCUGCGGAUGAGGAGGGGCUCUGGGCCAUCUACGCCACCAAGGAGAACGAGAAGAACAUUUGCCUGGCCAAGCUGGACCCUGCCUCACUGGACAUCGAGCAGAUGUGGGACACGCCAUGCCCGCGGGAGAACGCCGAGGGCGCCUUCGUGGUGUGUGGGGCGCUGCACGUGGUCUACAACACCCGGCUGCCCAGCCGCUCCCGCGUUCAGUGCGUUUUCGACGUCAGCGGCACCCUGGCCGCCGAGGAUGCCUCCCUGGUCUACUUCCCCAAGCGCUACGGCUCCCAUGCCAGCAUGAAGUACAACCCGCGCGAGAGGCAGAUCUACGCCUGGGACGACGGCUACCAGAUCAUCUACCGCAUGGAGAUGAAGAAGAAGCUGGAGGUGUGAGCAGGCCGCAGCACGACGUCCCCGGCGCCCGGAGACGCGGACUGUUUCCGGAGCGCCAGGCCGGGGCGCGAGCGGGAACCAGUCGCAAUAAAGGAUUUCUCCCUUCCGCA